CAGAUGAAGCCGCAGCUCUGAGGCAGAAGCAGGAAGAGUUUGAUCUCACUGCGGAGGGGAAGCAGCCAUGGGGAACGCGCAGGAGAAACCCUCCGGUAGCGGAGCAGCGCGAUCGGACCAGGCCUCAGCGGGAAGCGGGGCGAGGAGCCGGGGCGGAGGCGGCGCCGACAACCCCCACGGCCAGAGACCCUCGCAGAAGGGGGUGGCCAAUGGCACCCGGACCGGGAUCAACCCUGCCGGGGGAAGACAGGAGGAGCGGGACAGACCUGCGGAGGACACGAGUUACCUGGACGCUCCUGCCGGGGCCCUUCCUCCUCACCUGGCCCGGUUCAAGAACGAGGGGAACCACCUCUUCAAAAAUGGACAGUUCGGAGACGCCCUGGAAAAGUACACACAGGCUAUUUGUGGUUGUGCUGAAGCAGGCAUUGAUAGUCCGGAAGACGUGUGUAUCCUCUACUCCAACAGAGCUGCCUGUUACCUGAAGGACGGAAACAGCAAAGACUGCAUACAGGACUGCACCAAGGCUUUGGAGCUGCAGCCCUACUCCUUGAAGCCCCUGUUGCGCAGGGCCAUGGCCUAUGAGUCAGUGGAGCGCUACAAAAUGGCCUAUGUGGAUUAUAAGACCGUCCUGCAGAUGGACACCGGGGUGCAGUCGGCUCAUGACAGCGUCCACAGAAUCACUAAGAUGCUGAUCGAGUUGGAAGGGCCCGAGUGGAGAGAGAACCUUCCAGCGAUCCCCGCUGUCCCUCUGUCUGUCCAGCUGCAGCACAGAGACAAACCAGUCAGCAUUGAGCUGGCCCAGGCUCGGGCCGCCAGGGCUGUACAGGACGAAGUCAGGAAAAAGGAAUCCCAGUUUACUUUACUGAAACAGAAGGGCAACGAUCUGGUGAAGAACGGCAACUUCCAGGAGGCUCUGGAGAAGUACAGUGAAUGUGUCGCCUUGAAACCAGACGAGUGUUCCCUCUACACGAACAGAGCCAUUUGCUUCUUGAAACUGAAUCGCUUUCAAGAGGCCAAGGAGGACUGUGACUCUGCUCUGCAGCUGGAGCCGGGGAACAAGAAAGCCUUCUACAGACGAGCACUGGCUCAUAAAGGUUUACAGGACUAUCUGUCAGCCAGCACUGACCUCCAGGAAGUCCUCGCAAUGGAUCCAAACGUCCGGGAGGCCGAGCAGGAGCUGGAGGCGGUGACAGGUUUACUGAGACAGAGUUUGAUCGACAACACUGAACACACACCAAGGGUUUGAUGUUUGUGGAUCAAGAGGCAAAGGAACGAAGCAGAUGUGGACUCUCACUGCACUGUAGCAGCUCUGGAAGAAAAACACUUUUAAAGCCAUCAACCCCGAGUAAGUCUCUGCUGGGACGGGGGCUCCUUCGGAACGACCACCGUCUGAGCUCCGCACCAUCUGCAACGUGUGUUCAAAACCACACCAUACCUUCCGAGCGCACAACCUCACGUAAUGAGGGCAGCUUUGUUUUAAAAAAAAAAAGAAAAGAAAGGCUAUCGUCAUACAACUUGACCUGCUUGCACUAUAAAACCAUUCUCGUUAUGAUGUAAUAUACUGUACAUACAGAUUCAUGUACCAGGCUGCCGAGCACUGUUCUUCAUUCAGUCAAAUGAGGAAAGAGAGAGAGUGUGUAAUAACGAGUGCCUUAUUGAGAUUUCUACCGGGUUGGGAUGAAAUACGCCAAGAAAGUUCUGCUCUGAAUUGUUUUUAAAGACGUUGUGUUUGGUUUCAGAGUGAUUCACUGAGCUCAUGACAAAAUAAAUGAUUUUUCAUUGUCAGGAUGACGAAGGCAGAGAAAGAUGCAAAAAGGUCAAUAGGUCGUUAUCUGGUACGUUCUCCACGUAACCAGGGUUCAAACUCUUCCAGCUGCGAUGCAAGACAUGUCACCGUUUACAAUUAUUAUUACAUCUGCUGCUAAUUCAAGAAGACAAGCCAACCACUCUCUAUAAACUGCUGACUUCACUGGAAUUAUAAGAUGGGAAAAUAGUCAUUUAAGUUAGAAUAUCCAACCGUUUAGGAGCUCAGUGCAUUCGCUCGGUGUUAAAGUCAAUCAAGAGGUUGUUGCUUUACUGGUUUUAGAUAAACAUGCUCCUGUGUACUGUACGACUUAACGUGGGUCUCAGGUUCAGUCGUGAAUGUUGACAAAUCUCCUGCUUCACCUGUUAUAACUAAUGUCUCCACAACCUCCCAACUCCAACGAGGACAAAAGCAACAUGUUCGGGUUGAGAACCCGGCACACAAUCCCAUAAGACCAACAUCCAAACACACUCAGACACAUUCAUAUCACAGGACUAAACAGUGAGUAUAUACGUCUCCACAGAAACAAAGAAUUGAUUCCACUCCACGCAAAAGUGUUAAACUCCUGGGGUGGUGAGGGAGAGCUGAUUUGAUAUCAUCCAUCUUUAUAUACAGUCUACGAUCUGACUGCAUUUUAAAAGCCUCCACACAGACAUGGUUCUGUUUCUGGUAACGCUCACUGUACCUGAUCCGCUCUGGAGUUAACAAAGCUCCGCCCAGUGAUUAACUACGAUUAAAAUCUCCUGUGUGAGGGAGUGGGGUUUUUCAACAGUGGGAAUGUUCAUACAGCACAAUGUGCCACAGCUUUUAUUUCACGUCUGCUUCCAAAUAUGUCCAACCCACACUUCCUGGUUUUAGCUCCUUUUCUGGUUUUUGAUGUCCAAAUAAAAGCAUACAAAUAACAAAUAUAAGCGGAAACACUUGACAUGAGGCUCCAGCGUUCCAGACAUUGUUGGUCUUGCUUCUUGGAAUGUUAAAGCAUGUACUGUAUGUAAAUAGAUUGAAUGCAGAUGUAAAUAAAAGUGCAAUGUGUACGCUUUAA